AUGUUUAAAAGUAAAAUAGCCCUUGGGAAUAAAAACUACCUCGGAAAUAAGGACAGGAAAAAACUAGCCCUGACGAUAAAGAACACCUUUAACCUGAACAGUGACGAACAGGUGGACGAAAUUUUGGACAAGGAAAACACAUGUAUCUGUAAAGUACAAAAAACAAAAAUAACUAUCUACUUAUCGAAGAACAUCCCAGUUCUCUUCACCAUCAAAAAUGAUCUCUUCCCAACGGUGUACACAUUAUGGAAGUUCCCGCACAUAAUCCCCUGCUUUGUGAUAUACCCACCUGCUUCUGAAUUUUUGAUGAAAGGGGCGGAUUUGAUGAUCCCAGGGAUAUGCAAAGAAGUAGACCAUGUAGAAGAACUAAAGGUUGGGAGUGUAUGGGGUGUUCGCGUCUUUAAUAACCCCCACCUUUUUGCAGUUGGGCAAUGUUCAGUGGACUAUGAUAGUAACAAGAACUUUUAUAAUUUAAAAGGGAAGUGCUUAAAAGUCGUGCACAUUUUUAAUGAUGAGCUCUGGAAAUUGGGUUCCCAAACUAUUCCUCACAGCAGCUUCCAGGGGAAAAUUAUCGACUCGGUGGAAAAUGUUGUGGACAAUUUUGAUGAGUUUAAAGUGUACGAUGAGAAUAAGGGGAAGAAAAAGGCUCAUGCGGGGGGACAGCAAAAAGGUGCGAAGAAAAGUGGGGGCAACGAUAUAAAGGGUAGAAACGAUGAUAGUGAUGCUCCACAUGAUGACAACCUCCUCGAUGAAAGCCCUAGCGAUGAUGAACGCUACCGAGCCUUCACGGAGGAUGAGAGCGAACAGGAGAAGCCGAAUGGGGAGGGAGGCCCCAACGGACGAAACGAAACCAAGCCAAAAGGCACGAGCCAAAAAAGCCUAGACAAUUUUUACAAACAUUUUGCAGUGAUACUGGCACAAAGGAGCCACGCAAAAGGGGACGACGCACAUCCGCCCAGCAGCAAAAAUGCCAAGGAAGGAAAAAAACAAACCGCGGCCGACAUCCAAUUUAAGGAACAAGAUCUACCAAGUAGAAGGAAAAAAGAAUGCACAGUGGGUAUCGACUCAAUGGAGGAGACUUCCCAUCAAGUAAAUGCCCCUGAGGAGAAAACGAAUGAGCAGAAGAAUCAAUGCUUCGAUCUUAACGCCGUAACUGAGCACGGCAAGAUAGACAAAAUAAACAAAACGGUGGACAAUAUCACCAACACAGAGACAGAUAUAAUGAACGAGUGGGAUGAAUACUCAGCGGAAGAAAAUGGGCAAUGCAUUCAGGAUGGCAAUAGUAGAGUUUCAAUAAAAAAGGCUCAAAGUAGAAACGAAUCGAAGGAGGAGAGAUAUGACGAUGAGGAAACGGCAAGCGAAGCCUCCUCUGUAGAGGAAUCAAAUGCAAAUGUGCCCCACGAAGGUGAUGAAAAUGACAAAUUCCAACUGAACAGCGAACAGCAGGAUACACUACUAAUGUUCCUUUUUCUGGAAGUAGUUCAAUCACUCAGUGAUGACAACCUCCCGUUGGAAGUUUCUGGAGUUUACAGUAGGAUGACGAAGGAGUUUUUGUACAUUCACAGAAAUGAACCCUUCCUGAAAGAGCUACAAAAGUUGGGCAUCCCAACCAACAUUAUAAGCAAAAUAAGAGCAAAAGAAGUGAACCUAGAAUUGGAUGUUAAAAAAUCAACAUACAAAAAAAUCAGCAAAUUUAUUCAGCAUUUAUCCAAGUUAAAGCUUAUAAAAAUAAAAGAAAACAGAAAUGUCAUAUCCGUGGUGAAUAUAAGGAAGGGAAGUUCCAUCAUCUCGUCUUAUAAACCCAUGUCCUUGCAGGAAAAGAAAAUGUGCCAAUUGGAGGGCGGUGAAAAUGAUGGGGCAGCUGCACAAAACGGAGUGGAAUGCAAUUCAAACAAUACUCAUCACGACAAAAGUGCAAAAAAUGAAGCAACAAAUAAAGGUGCACAGGUACUUGAAUUCUACAUGCCAUCCUCCAAAGGGAUAAAUAUUUUCAAAUGUGUGGAUAGCAAGUCGGAAAGGAGUUCCUAUUACAACAUUAUGCAGUUAAAGGAUGUUCUAAAGUCAUAUGUACAGAAGCAGAAGUUAGUGAGCGGUAAGGAUUCACAAAUGGUAAAGCUAAACGAUGAUUUGAGAGCCGUUUUAAAUGUCCCAUGUGAGUCGUCUACCAUGUUAUAUGAGUCUCUACUCAGCCAGUUCAUCUCCACCCAACUUCCCUGCUAUGCCAUUAUCAAGCCGAAUGCUAAUUUCGAUGUAGACCCAAUUAAAGUGACAAAGGGGAAGUGCCCUUCCAUUCACAUCUAUGCAGUUGCCAGGAUGAAAGGGAAAAAAUAUGUUACCCACAUUACAAAUUUGUUCCUAUUCCAUGUGGAUCUCAACAAAUUUACUGAACACGUACAGAAACAGCUAGCUUGUUCCUGUUCCAUUGUCAUUUCAGCUUCCACCAAAAAGGAGGAAGUCCUCGUCCAGGGCAAUGUCGUAAAUAUGAUUCACGACAUUUUGAUUAAAAAUUAUAACCUCCCUAGGAAGUACAUUGCGCUGAAUACCAAGUAG